AUUUAUAGAAUUAUAGUGAAUGAGUAAAGAGAGUUUGCCUAUGUUUAAGUUUAUAGUAGUUGGUGACCAAUGUAAUAAGAUAUUUGAGAUUUAGCUGUUGGAAAGAGUAGUUUUGUAAAAUAAUAUUCAGAAAGCCAGUUUAUAGAGGGUAUGAGUAAAGCAACAGUUGGAGUAGAGUUUGUAAAGAAAUUAGUAAUAGUUGAUAAACGCAGAGUUGAACUAUAAAUAUGGGAUACUGUAUAGAUUUUAGAAUGAUUGAUUAGGCAGGAUAAGAAUAAUUUCGUAGCAUGAUUAAGAGUUUUUAUCGUGGAGCUGCAGCUGUAUUUGUGUUAUAUAGUAUCAAUUAAAGAGAUUCAUUUGAAAAAUUAUAAGAUUGGUUAUCAGAAUUACAUGAAAGUGCUCAUGAAGAAAUAAUCAAAAUACUUGUAGGAAAUAAAUCAGAUAUGGAACGUUGUGUAUAGAAAGAAGAAGCUGAAAAAUUCAUGAAUGCAAACAACUUUAGUUUAUUUUUUGAAACAUCUGCAAAGACUGGAGAGAACGUAGAAAAAGUAAAGUAAAAAUGAAUAUGUAAGGCUUUUGUCGAAGCUGUAAAAUUGGUCAUCAUGAGAAUGUUUACUAGUGAAUCCUUUAAAAAUUCCAUAAAAACUACAAAAAAAACUCCAGCUAAUUCUAAAUAGAAUACAAGCAGAAGUGAUUAACCAAUUUAAGAGGUAACAUAAUCAUCCUCAAAGCCAAUUUAAUUGUAAACUCAGAACAAUUAAGAAAAUAAUCAUGCAAAAAAAUAAUGUUGUUGA